AUGAAGAGCAUGCGAGGGUUACUGCACACAACCAGUGUCGAAACUUCAAAUGAACAAAAGACUACAUUCGCUACCACUUCUGUUGCUGGACAUAAAAGAAGUCUAUCAACAGUUGGAGAAGAACACCACUUCAGGGCUUCUAGCUCUCGAGCGACUAUUCAGUUUCAGCGAGCCGUCAGUCUCCCCUCUGCCCCUCCUCGAAUUUCUGUGAGUCGCAUUGUUCGUCUGGAUGAGCGAGUCGGGCCGUCUGAGUAUUCUCAACGGAGGGCUAUUGCUGCGACUCCGACGUCGUCUUGUGAUCCUGAACUCGAAUUAAGCCAUUCUAUAUAUGGUCUCCCUCAACAGCUGGUUGAUAAUUUUUCUUCACUUGGCAUAAACCAAAUAUACCCAUGGCAAAAAGCUUGCCUCAAAGGCCCUGGGCUUCUGACAGGAGAAAAGAACCUUGUAUAUUGUGCACCAACUGGCGGUGGCAAAUCUCUUGUGGCUGACGUGCUCAUGCUCAAAAGAAUUCUGGAAGAAAAGGGAACAAAGGCCCUCCUUGUGUUACCAUAUGUUGCUUUGGUUCAAGAGAAAGUUCGUUGGCUUCGUAGUGUGGUACAAGGCUUACGCCUCGCCUCUGAAACAACGGUUGAUGACGACAAACGCAUCUGGCGUAGACGAGCUGAUGAAAACACAGUCCGUGUCAUUGGUUUUUUUGGGGGUGGAAAAGUUAGAGCAACUUGGGCUGAUUUUGAUAUUGGCGUGUGCACAUUGGAGAAGGCAAACGCACUCGUGAAUACGGCUAUUGAUGACUGUUCGAUCUCCAAGCUCCGCGCGGUUGUGCUUGAUGAGUUACACAUGGUUGAUGAUGAUCAUCGAGGCUAUUUGUUAGAACUCGUGGCGACCAAACUGCUCAGCUUGGAGCAGCGUGUACAAAUCGUGGGCAUGAGUGCCACUCUUCCGAACAUGGACAUGAUGGCUCGAUGGCUCGAAGGGCAUUGUUACGAAACUCGGUAUCGACCGGUUCCUAUUGAGGAACAUCUCGUGUAUGACGGCAACAUUUAUCCCGCAGGUUCUACAAGCAGUCUCAUCAAAAAAGCUGCGCAGCUGAACAAUCGGUCUACACAGACACAGGCACAGAUGAGACCCAUCCGGCGAAUAGAGCCAUCCACCCACAAGGAGCUUCGCGACCCAGUAUUAAAUGCAGUGGUCACACUUGCUCACGAGACCGCCGUUGCUGGUUUCGGUGCCCUCGUCUUUGCCGGGAGUCGUGGCAUGUGCGAGUUUGACGCACGAUGGAUUAGUCGGGCUAUGCCCCAGCCACAUGAGCUCAAGGCUGACGUUGUUGACAGAAGGAUGGACUUGCUGGGAGAGCUUCGCAGUCUUAACACUGGGGUUGAUCCGGCUGGCUUAACGACUGAAGAGAGAGAUCUCAUAGCGGCAGCUUACGAUUCUGGAACACUAUUAGUGUGCGUGGCGACCUGCAGUCUGGCUGCUGGUAUCAACCUGCCAGCAAGACGGGUGAUUUUACACAACUGUCGAAUGGGGCGCGAAUUUGUUGGACCAUCGAUGCUGAGGCAAAUGCGAGGACGAGCUGGAAGACAGGGGAAAGCAUCUAUCGGUGAAACCUAUCUCUGCUGCCGCGAAAAUGACCUCGAGCAAGUUGUAGACCUCAUGAAUGCGGAGCUGCCACCCGUCGCUAGUUGUCUUAACACUGAGAAUCGACGUAUCCAACGUGCAUUGUUAGAAGUCAUAUCCAUACGCUUAGCUAUGAGUCAUGAGUCCAUUGAGGACUACUUCUCGAAGUCUCUGUUGAGUCAUACUCAUAGCGCCAAGUUUGUCAAUGAUUGUAUCACCUCAAGCUUGGAAGAGAUAGAAUCAAUGGGUUUUGUAACCUCCGAUUCCUUGUCCAUGUUCACGGCGACACAACUAGGUAGGGCAAUCGUGGCAUCAGCUAUCGAUCCCGACGAUGGUGUAUUUGUCCAUAGCGAACUCAGUCGGGCGCUCCAAGCCUUUGUCAUGGAUGGUGAGAUGCACGUCUUAUACACUUUCACACCUGUUCAAGAAUUCGGGGUUAUGGUGAACUGGCAGGUCUUUCGGAAUGAAAUGGAGGGUCUAGACGAGAGUGGUUUACGGGUACUGAGGCUUCUGGGCAUCAAACCUACCACAAUACUCAAGCUUGCUCAAGGUGCCACGCUCCGUGAGACGACGCCAGAGGAGAAGCAGGUUGCUCGAGUACACCGACGCUUUUAUCUCGCUCUCCAACUGCGGGAUCUGUGUAACGAGAUCCCUAUACACAUAGUGGCACGCAAAUAUGACGUGCCUCGUGGAAUGGUUCAGAAUCUUUCGCAAACUUGUCAAGGCUUCGCUGCAGGAAUGAUCAAGUUCUGCCAACAGAUGAGCUGGGGAGUAAUGGCCGCAGCUCUUGAACACUUUUCAGACAGGCUCGUGGCUGGUGCGAGAGCUGACCUAUUGGCCUUGGCAAAGAUUCCUUUCAUCAAGAGCCGAACAGCGCGGGUAUUUUGGGAUAACGGUUUUCGUACCGUGGCAACGAUCGCGAAUGCAGAUCCUACAGAGCUACUUCCUAUAUUGAUGCAGGCUCAACCAAACAAGAUCCGUUUAAAGGGUAAAGACAAUGAGAAAUACGAAGAGAAACUUCUUGUCAAGGCCAAAGUCAUAUCAGAUGCUGCAAGCAAGAUUUGGAAACUCCAAAUGCAGGCAGAGAUUGAGGAGGAGUAG